AUGGCUUCGCCGACCCAGCUGAGGAUUGACGUUGGCAGUGAUCCUCCGAUCCCUCCAAUCGCUGCACUCUUCCUCGUCAACUUUGACCACCGCAAAGGCUAUACGCUAGGUUGGCACAGGACCAUAGAAAACGUGCAGAUUGAGGGUGUCGUCGAGUUCAAGUCACUUCCAUCGGGCUUGCACAAUGUCGAGGAAGACCUGGUAUACUUCAUUCACGACGACUAUGCCGGCCUCAGUGCAUUUGUCAAAAAAGCAGACGAAGAGUCGGAAAGGUCUGCUCGAAUGGCAGCUGUAGGAGUACUUGUUCCACUGGAACAAGGUCGCAUUGGGCGGAGUUGGCGUCACGCUAUCAGUCUACAACAGCUCGCAAGGGACCAGAUCACUGAUCUGAAGAACACCGCCCUCUUGGAGGAGUACUGGAACAGGCACAAACUUCAACCGGACGGCUCGUCAACUAAAUCACCUGCUGACGCCAAUGGCCAACGGUCGAACGGGUACAGAAAGGCUAGGUCAAUGAGUACCGCUACUACCUUCAUGCCAGCUCAACACAAACUGAUGCCUCAUCAUCCCGCUGCCACACUCCUUGAUGCUUUCAGGACUUUUGGUCCACUAUUAUUCCCUGUAUAUCGUGCUGCGCUGCUGCGAAAGCGUAUAUUAAUUGUAACAGACACUCCUGUCGAAUUCUGUUGUAAUCUUGUAUAUAAUAUUUCGAUCUUGUCGUCGGCGUCAGAAUCUGCAUUAUCGCAACUCCAAUCAUCCGCUGUCCCCGAACCAUGGUUGAAGCCAUUGUACACUGUUGGAGUGCUGGACAUUCCUCAGCUGGAAGAGACCCGCCGCUGGAUCGCUUGCACUACGGACGACGUUCUGAGUACGAAGCCGAACUUGUAUGAUGUCUUGGUUUUCAUGCCACUGGCAGGAUCAGAACAUGCUUCUCCAAAGGCCUUCCCGCGCAUUGUACAUUCGACACCACAACUAAGCAAGACGUUUCCCUCAACGAGCAUCAAGGCCAGUGAGCGAGAUUUCAGUCGUUUCGUGCAUCUACAACAAGCACUACAUAGAUACCCACGGUGCCACAUCGGAGCAGGCGACACAGACGAGGAGCAAAACGAUGACGCUGCAUCAGUCUCUUCUCAUUCCUCGGCGUACUUUGACAACAAGGCAGUAAUCGAACCAGCUUCAUGGUCGAAGGUUGCCUAUACGUCUCUGGUGUGGUGGGCUUCUGCUGGCGAUAGACGAGCUGGAUUGACCGACGCAGAAGAAGGCGAAUGUGAACAAGAUCUCUCCCUCCUGCAAGACGAAGGCGACGAUCAAACGCAGGAAGUGGCUCUCGUUGCGUACUUCCAUCGCAUGACUGAACGUCUUUUUGGCACCGUCGCCGCGGCUGUUGCGAGGACUGAUGGAGAAGAAGUGCAUGAAGAGUAUCAUGACCAGAUUGAUGGUGACGAAGAUGCGCUUGGUGAAUCUACUAUCGACCAUCAAACGGGCUCUGGGGAUCAAGAGACAGAGCAACUCCUCUCGACAAAAGAUGGAGAGCCGGAAAUUGAGAUCACUCAAGAAGACAUGGCGGCCAUGGGAUUGGACAGCUGGAGUACAUCCGAUAAGAGGUUCGUCGAAGAAUUCAUCCAGAUUUGGUGGGGAAGAAAAGCGGCAGUCCAUGCAGCAGUGAUCGAAUGUUGCGGGCUGAGAAUAUUAUAA